AAUUCUGGGAAAAUGGCUGAACCAUUCCGAUUCACGAAUGGCAUCUUGUGAUGCCUAAAAGAUAGGGGUACAAAAGAUAGACAUAAAAAAAUCGUCGAACAUUGAAAAUAGGUGGACCUAUCACAAGAGCAGUCUCCAGGUAGUCAUCCCCACAUCAUAUCUGAGUCAUAUCUGAUUGGGUUGCUGUCAUAAUGGAGGAAGUACUCAAGCCCCAGUCUACAAACAAUGAUGUCAAUUUCGAGCCCCUGGUCGUGAUGGAGUUUGCACUGAACACCAACCAGGCUGCCAUUGAGUGGAUGAUCACUAAACUGCAGGCAUCCAGUGAGAGGAAUGGAGCUGAGCUCUGUGUUACUGCUGUCAGGAUGGAGCACAAUCAGGAAACAGUGCUGUUGAUUGGUGGCAGGACAGAGCGCCUGCUGCUGGGAGCCGAGAUGAUGGGUCUCAUGAAGGAGUACCGUGAUGGAAACCUGCGAGAGUUCACCAGUGUUGACAUCAACAACUUCAGGGGCGCAGACAAUCCUGAUGGCAUCCUAUCAAUGGCUGAGAAGCAGAAGAUCAUUUUCCGUGAGUUGGAGAACAUUCGUGCCACAGAUGAGGACGAGCAUGUGCCAGGAUACGAGUUUAUAAAGCUCUACCCCGGACGUAACAUAGUGAAAAAGAUGUUGAGUUCAGACAUUGUCAAGACGCUGUUUCCAAUCCAUGACCAGGAUUUCUUGAAGAAACUGGGGGCAGAGUGGUACAAGAGGCCAUUAAGCAGUCAACCAAUUGAGAAAAUUAAAUAUUAUUAUGGUGAGAAGCUUGGUAUCUACUUUGCCUUUCUGGGUUUCUACACAAUCUCGUUGAUUCCCCCUGCAUUGAUUGGUUUCCUGUAUUGGAUCACAUCCUGGCAGAACCUCUACAGGGAAGCCAUCUUUGCAGUCUUUAAUUUAAUUUGGGCGACAGUGUUUCUUGAAGCAUGGAAACGCUACUGCGCUGAACUGGCAUUUAAGUGGGGAUGUACAGACUUUGUUUCUUCUAAGUUUGAGGAACCCAGAGCAAAUUUCCAUGGUCACAUGGGUAGAAAUCCUGUUACCCAGAAACCCGAGCCAGUUUUUCCGAAAUCGCAACAGCUGCUGCGGUUUUAUGGGGUGACAGUGCCGGUUCUAUUUCUGUGCCUUACCUGUGCCUUCUAUGCAAUGUUGGGAUACUUCUGGCUACAGGCGAUUGUUGACCGAUGGUACUUGGAGGAUAAGAGCUGGCUCAACAAGAUUGACACAUUUAUGCCCACGGUGGUGUACGCAGUUGUCAUAGCAAUCCUCAAUGCAAUCUACAGGAAGGUGGCCACCAUACUCAAUGAAUUUGAGAAUCACCGUCUCCAGACCAGCUAUGACAAUCACAUGAUCCUGAAAUUGAUACUGUUUGAAUUCAUCAACUGCUUUAUUUCCCUGUUCUAUGUGGCAUUUUACCUUCAAGAUAUGAAGUUACUCAAAAGUCAUCUGAUGGCACUGCUGAUCACCACCCAGAUCCUAGGCCAGGUGCAGGAGUCAGUAGUACCGUUCCUGUUCCAGCGUCGACGUGCACACCGUCUGCAGCAGGCCGUCAGGAAGCUGGAGACGGCGCAGUCUGUGAGCUACUCCAAUGGGGAUGUGGGGCAGGAUCUGCUGAGACAGGUGUCCAUAGAGAGCAGCAUGGACCAGUAUAGGGGGACCCAGGAUGACUACCUGGAGAUGUUCCUGCAGUUUGGCUAUGUGUUCCUCUUCUCCUCUGUCUUUCCCCUGGCGGCCAUGUGGGCCCUCAUCAACAACGUCACUGAGAUACGAUCAGAUGCCUUCAAGAUGUGCAGAGUCUUCCAGAGGCCAUUUACUGAGUCUGCUGCAAACAUUGGAGCCUGGCAGAUGGCGUUUGAGCUGGUGAGUGUGCUGGCAGUGAUGACCAACUGUGCCCUGAUUGGUAUGAACCCCGAGGUGCAGAGACUCCUGCCCAGUGACGUCACCGCCAUCAACGUCCUCAUCAUAUUUGUGGCUGUUGAGCACAUUCUGCUGGCUCUGAAGAUGGCGGUGGCUUAUUUUAUACCUGAUGUACCAGACUGGGUGGAGGUGGAAGUGGCUAAGAUUGCCUACCAGUCCAAACUAGCUCUGCAGAAAGAGCAAAUACAGCGCAGUGCAGCAUCAAAGAGAAAAGCUGAAGUGAUCAGUACCAUAUAGUUACAUCAUAAUGAAGAACUUUCAUAACAGUUGUUAAAUAUAUGUUUUGUUGAACAUCUAUAUUAUACACCAGUAGUUGUGCA